CGGAUACAACUAAGGAAGAAGUAGAAAACACAAUAAUCUGUUUGUUGGCAAAAGAGAAAUUGAAGGAAGAAGUCAUUAGGCAAAAAAAUCUAUUUCUCUCUCUCUCUAUCUCUCUAUCUAUCUCUGCUUUCAUCUUCCUAUAAUACUAAAAUAGAGAGAAGAGAAAGAGGAGAGGGCGUUAAAGAGCAGACGGUGGCGCACCGUAGCACCGCCCCUCCUAACAUACGCCUUUCUUUCUCCGGUUAAGGUUUAUUCCUCUCCUCCUCUCUCAGGUCGCUUCGAUCCCACGGCAAAGCUCUGAUUCUUCCCAGAAAAAAAAAAUUAAAAAAAAAAAGAAGAAAAAUUCGUUACUUUCAAUAUUGGAUCUGCCUCUACCAUCAUCAUCAAAUGCAUUAUCGUUCUCUCCUUUGAAUUUUGAAAAACUCUGGCGGACAUCAAAGGAACCCUAGCUUUCCUUCGGUCUCACCUCGCCUCCAUCGCCGCCGAUCGGUGGUUCGAUUUCAAAUCCAAGAAGAAGAAACGCAGAGGCCGCCGUCGUCUCGGGAUGCUCUGGAUCAUGCGAUUCUCCGGUCUAUUCUCCGCUCUACUCGCCGUCAUCGUCCUCUCUCCUUCCCUCCAAUCCUUCCCUCCAGCUGAAGCCAUCAGAUCCUCCCACCUCGACGCCUACCUCCGAUUCCCAUCCUCCUCCGAGACAACACCCCCGCGUAGAUUCUCCUUCAGGAGAUCCCCCGUGUUCCGCAAUGCCGCCGAUUGCGCCGCCGCCGACGUCGAUUCCGGCGUCUGCAGCCCUUCCCUCGUCCACGUCGCGAUCACCCUCGAUUUCGAGUACCUCCGCGGCUCGAUCGCCGCCGUUCACUCCAUCCUCCAGCACUCCUCGUGUCCCGAGAGCGUCUUCUUCCAUUUCCUCGUCUCCGAGACGGACCUGGAGUCGCUCGUCCGCUCCAGCUUCCCCGAAUUGAAAUUCAAGGUUUACUAUUUCGAUCCGGAGAUCGUGCGGUCCAUGAUCUCCACCUCCGUGAGGCAGGCUCUCGAGCAGCCGUUGAAUUACGCUAGAAACUACCUCGCUGACAUGCUGGAGCCUUGCGUGAGGCGCGUGAUCUACCUCGACUCCGAUCUGAUCGUCGUCGACGACAUCGCCAAGCUCUGGAGGACGGAUCUCGGGUCGAAAACGAUCGGAGCUCCCGAGUACUGCCACGCGAACUUCACAAAGUACUUCACGCCGGCGUUCUGGUCCGACGAGAGGUUCUCCGGGGCGUUCAAGGGGAGGAGCCCGUGCUACUUCAACACGGGGGUGAUGGUGAUGGAUCUCGAGAGGUGGAGGAGCGUGGGGUACACGGAGGUGAUCGAGAGGUGGAUGGAGAUUCAGAAGAGCGAUCGGAUUUACGAGCUGGGGUCUCUGCCUCCGUUCCUGCUGGUUUUCGCCGGAGAGGUGGCGCCGAUCGAGCAUCGGUGGAAUCAGCACGGUCUCGGUGGGGAUAACGUGAGAGGGAGCUGCAGAGAUCUGCAUCCCGGUCCGGUUAGCUUGUUGCAUUGGUCUGGUAGUGGUAAACCGUGGUUCCGGUUAGACUCGAGAAAGCCUUGUCCGCUUGAUACUCUUUGGGCACCUUAUGAUUUGUAUGGACACUCACGCUGAUAUGAUCCAUCAUCGUCUUUUGCUUCUCUGUUACUACACAUGGGGGUUUGGUUUGUACUCUCGGCUGGUAAAUUCUCUCACCCUUUCACACCAACAAGAUUAAAAAGAAAAAAAUGAAACAUUUUUUUUUUUACUCUCAUUAAUUUUUUUUCUUUUUCUUUCUUCAAAUUCUCUUUGAAUUUUCCAGGCUUUUGGAAUAUGUUCUCUUCAUGUGUAUUCUAUUCGAUUGUUCGUUUCUGUGCAUGAAAUAAAAAUUCAACAAAGAAGAAAAAAAACCAUAGGAUACAUUCAGAUUUGUUGAGAA